AUGGCUGUCACAAGGCGCUCUUCACGUAUCAGCACCAUGGCUGUGGCGAAGGCCGAAAUGCCUGCCAAAACGACAUCAGACACUAAUAAUCGAAAGCGCAAAGCUGCCAAACUCCAAGACGGGGCACAAGCACCUGCUACACCUCCAAGAAAGCGUGCACAAGGCAAGCCUGCGACUCCAGCAGCUCCGCCACCAGUAACACCAACGCCGGCUGCUGCAAGAGCUUUUGCUGAUCCUACAAGUUCGAGCAAGAAACCUCGCAGUGCGGCGGUUACACGACUUGCGGACCCAAAGCUGACAAAUGCGACACUCCUCUCACCAGAGACAUCAAGGCUUGUCGCUUCACGAGGACUUGAAAAUGUCUCGCCCAGUAAGGCUCCUCAGGUCAAAACGACAACGGAGAACCUGCUGAAGGAGGCCUGUGAUUAUCUUAUCAACGUUGAUGCUCGCAUGAGGCCUUUGGUCGAGAGCCAUCACUGUCGAGCCUUUUCACCGGAGGGACUCGCAGAGAAGAUUGACCCGUUUGAAAGCCUGUCGAGUUCCAUAAUCGGUCAGCAAGUGUCAGGAGCAGCAGCGAAGUCAAUCAAAACCAAGUUCAUUGCGUUGUUUGAGCAACAGCCUGGUGUACGAUUUCCCCAUCCAUCACAGGUGGCCAUGAAAUCCAUCGAGGAACUGCGGACAGCAGGACUAUCACAGCGCAAAGCUGAGUAUAUCAAGGGACUCGCCGAAAAGUUUGUCAGCGGAGACCUGAGUGCCCAGAUGCUUCAUGAUGCUUCGGACGAGGAAGUUAUGGAAAAGUUAAUUGCGGUCAGGGGUCUCGGGAAAUGGUCUGUCGAAAUGUUCGCGUGCUUUGCCCUCAAAAGGAUGGACGUCUUUUCGCUCGGUGAUCUAGGCGUUCAGAGAGGAAUGGCUGCCUUUGUCGGACGUGAUAUCGCCAAACUCAAGGCCAAGGGCGGUAAAUGGAAGUACAUGUCGGAACAGGAUAUGAUCGAGUUGUCGAAUAAGUUCUCGCCAUAUCGAAGUCUCUUCAUGUGGUACAUGUGGCGAGUCGAAGAGACAGACAUUAGCAUCAUGGAGUAA